AUGGACUCUGCGGACCCACAACUCGCUCGAUUCCUGCACCAACUGCAGGCGGAGACUCAACGUCAAAAGUUCACUGAGCAAGUGCACACGUUGACUGGCCGCUGCUGGGACGUCUGCUUCUCCGAUUAUCGUCCACCAAGCAAGAUGGACGGAAAGACUCAGACUUGUAUUCAGAACUGUGUGAAUCGCAUGAUCGACGCCAGCAACUUCAUGGUCGAGCACUUGUCCAAAAUGAACGGAGGAAGCGCUUAA